GGAAAUGGCCAAAAUUUAAGGAUAAUAAUUAAAGAAAGUGGCAUUUUCCCGCGAGAAAAAUUUCACAAAAUCACACACUAUUUAAAAAGUAGGGUUUCGAGGUCUAAUAAUUAUCUUCAUGCUUUCAAUAAAAUCAUCAGCUUCGAAAUCUAACCGAGGUAUGGAUACAUCAAAUCCUGCAGUCUUCGUCAAUGCUGAGCUUCUCCGCUUGCAUAUGGGAAGGAGGGUCCGAGCUGUGAUUCAGGUUAUGCGCUCUGAUGGUGGCGGUACAGUGAUUGGGAGAUCUACAGAUGACCAGCAGAUAGUUGUGAAAGGCAAUCCCCCUGGUCCUCUUACAACAUUUGUUGAGGUCAUAGGUAUCGCCGACAGUAACCAAUCUAUCCGUGCUGAAAUAUGGUCCAACUUUGGGGAUACACUAGAUACAUAUAGCUACAACCGUGUUUGCUUGCUGGCAAAUGGUGAUUAUAAACACUUGUUCAUAUGAGUACUCAAAAUCGACAUGGUUUAGUGGAUG